CAAAGAACCCCUCCUCCACCGCCUUCUCCCUGAGCCUUCACACUCUCCCUCUUCUCGUCUCCCUUUCUCGUAUAAAGAAGUGGCAGAAUACGUGAAUACUCCACUUGGGUGUCGCCGAGAACUCAUUGGGUGUCGACCAGAUUGGCCAAGAUGAUGGAAUCUGGGGUUCCCCUGUGCAACACUUGUGGAGAGAGGGUUGAGGUUGACGAGAAAGGCGGGGUCUUUGUGGCUUGUCAAGAGUGCAAUUUCCCCAUUUGCAAGGCUUGUGUCGAGUAUGAGAUCAAGGAAGGGAGAAAAGUGUGUUUGCGCUGCGGCACUCCAUUUGAAGCGAACUCGACGGCUGAUGCUGAGAGAAAUGAACUGGGUAGUCGAUCGACAAUGGCAGCACACCUGAAUGAUCCCCAGGACGUUGGGAUUCAUGCUAGACACAUCAGCAGCGUGUCUACAUUGGAUAGUGAAUACAAUGAUGAAUCUGGGAACCCUAUCUGGAAGAAUAGAGUGGAGAGCUGGAAGGACAAAAAGAAUAAGAAGAAGAAGGCCCCAACAAAGGCUGACAAAGAGGCUCAAGUUCCACCAGAGCAGCAGAUGGAGGAGAAGCAAAUUGCUGAUGCUGCGGAGCCACUCUCGACCAUUAUCCCCAUUCCCAAAAGCAAACUCACACCGUAUCGAACCGUGAUAAUAAUGCGAUUGAUCAUUUUGGCGCUUUUCUUCCAUUACCGAGUAACACAUCCAGUCGACAGUGCCUAUGGAUUAUGGCUUACAUCCAUAAUAUGCGAGAUUUGGUUCGCAUACUCUUGGGUGUUGGAUCAGUUUCCUAAGUGGUCUCCCGUAAAUAGGAUCACUCAUGUUGACAGACUAUCUGCAAGGUAUGAAAGAGAAGGUGAACCUUCAGAGCUUGCUUCUGUUGACUUCUUUGUGAGUACAGUCGAUCCACUGAAAGAACCACCUUUGAUCACUGCCAAUACAGUGCUUUCCAUCCUUGCUGUGGACUAUCCUGUUGAUAAAGUAUCUUGUUAUCUUUCUGAUGAUGGCGCUGCGAUGCUCACAUUCGAGUCUCUUGUUGAAACGGCCGACUUUGCAAGAAAGUGGGUACCUUUCUGCAAAAAGUUUUCAAUCGAGCCCCGUGCGCCUGAGUUCUACUUCUCUCAGAAGAUUGACUACUUGAAGGAUAAAAUUCAGCCUUCUUUUGUGAAGGAACGUAGAGCAAUGAAAAGAGACUAUGAGGAGUUCAAAGUUCGAGUUAAUGCUUUGGUAGCAAAAGCACAGAAAACGCCCGAGGAAGGUUGGACUAUGCAGGAUGGGACACCUUGGCCCGGAAAUAACUCUCGUGACCACCCUGGAAUGAUUCAGGUUUUCCUCGGAAAUAGUGGAGCCCACGACAUCGAGGGAAAUGAACUUCCUCGGCUGGUGUACGUUUCCAGAGAGAAGAGACCUGGUUUCCAACAUCAUAAAAAGGCCGGAGCGGAAAAUGCUCUGGUGAGAGUAUCUGCAGUUCUGACAAAUGCUCCCUACAUCCUCAACCUUGACUGCGAUCAUUACGUCAACAAUAGUAAUGCUGUUCGUGAAGCAAUGUGCUUCCUGAUGGAUCCUCAAGUUGGUAGGGAUGUGUGCUACGUGCAGUUCCCUCAGAGAUUUGAUGGUAUUGACCGCAGUGACCGAUAUGCCAACCGAAAUAUCGUUUUCUUUGAUGUUAAUAUGAAAGGGCUGGAUGGAAUCCAAGGACCAGUUUAUGUCGGGACAGGAUGUGUUUUCAAUAGGCAAGCACUUUACGGAUACGGACCCCCUUCUAUGCCGACUUUACCAAAGCCCUCAUCAUGCUCGUGGUGCGGCUGCUGCUCUUGUUGCUGCCCUUCAAAGAAGCCCACCGAAGAUCUCUCAGAAGUUUACCGGGACUCAAAAAGGGAAGACUUAAAUGCCGCCAUCUUCAACCUCGGAGAGAUUGACAAUUAUGAUGAGUAUGAGAGAUCAAUGCUGAUCUCUCAGAUGAGCUUUGAGAAAACUUUCGGCUUGUCCUCCGUAUUUAUUGAGUCGACGCUGAUGGAAAAUGGUGGAGUUCCUGAAUCCGGCAAUCCGUCUAUGCUGAUCAAAGAAGCCAUUCAUGUCAUUAGCUGUGGCUACGAAGAGAAGACCGCAUGGGGCAAAGAGAUCGGUUGGAUAUACGGCUCGGUUACUGAGGAUAUCUUGACAGGGUUCAAGAUGCAGUGCAGAGGAUGGAGGUCAAUCUAUUGCAUGCCCUUAAGGCCUGCAUUUAAGGGAUCAGCGCCCAUUAAUUUGUCAGACAGACUGCACCAAGUUCUACGAUGGGCUCUGGGUUCUGUGGAAAUAUUCUUGAGCAGACAUUGUCCGCUAUGGUAUGGAUUUGGCGGAGGCCGACUCAAGUGGCUUCAAAGAUUGGCGUACAUAAACACCAUCGUUUAUCCAUUCACGUCCCUCCCUCUUGUCGCUUAUUGCUCAAUUCCUGCGAUCUGCCUCCUUACCGGAAAGUUCAUCAUCCCAACGCUUUCCAACUUGGCAAGCAUGCUAUUUCUCGGUCUUUUCCUCUCCAUCAUCAUCACAAGUGUGCUCGAGCUACGAUGGAGUGGUGUGAGCAUUGAGGACUGGUGGCGUAACGAGCAGUUCUGGGUGAUCGGAGGUGUCUCGGCCCAUCUCUUUGCCGUCUUCCAAGGAUUCCUGAAGAUGUUAGCCGGCCUAGACACCAACUUCACUGUCACUGCCAAAGCAGCCGAUGAUGCAGAGUUUGGUGAGCUCUACAUCAUCAAGUGGACGACGCUGCUGAUACCCCCGACCACUCUUCUCAUCGUUAACAUGGUGGGUGUCGUCGCCGGGUUCUCUGACGCGCUAAACAAAGGUUACGAGGCAUGGGGACCGCUCUUUGGCAAGGUGUUCUUUGCAUUCUGGGUGAUUCUUCAUCUUUAUCCAUUCCUGAAAGGUCUCAUGGGUAGGCAGAACAGGACUCCGACCAUUGUGAUUCUCUGGUCAGUGCUUCUGGCUUCCGUCUUCUCUCUCGUCUGGGUGAAGAUCGAUCCAUUCGUGAGCAAUGCCAACGCCGACAGCCUCACCCAGAGCUGCAUUUCUAUAGAUUGUUGAAUUGCGUGAGCGUUGGCUAGUGUUUAUCGGGUUCACAAGCUGUUUUCGCAGUUUUGUGCGUCUGAAUAUUGGGAGAGACCAAGUUUAUGUCGCUGGAAAUUUGCUA